AUGGAAGUCAAAAAUCAAUUAAUAGUACAGGACACCAGCACAAAACUAACUAGACCAAAACAAACAAUCCAAGAUCUAGAUGAAUUAUACUCAAAUCAACAAACCAGAAGAAAAGAAUAUGAACAACAACUCAACAAGAAUAGAUUAAACUAUGGACAAUGGCUACGAUAUGCCAGAUGGGAGUUAGAACAUAAUCAUGAUUUUGCAAGAGCUAGAUCAAUCAUGGAAAGAGCGUUAGAAGUAGAUAUUCAACAUGUUCCAUUUUGGAUUCAAUAUAUACAAUUUGAAUUAAUAAAUAAAAAUAUAAAUCAUGCAAGAAAUUUAUUGGAAAGAGCUAUAACAAAAUUACCGAAAGUUAAUAAACUAUGGUUUACCUAUAUUCAAACUGAAGAAAUGUUGAAAAAUUAUACAAAAGUGAGAGAAAUUUUUGAAAGGUGGAUUGAAUGGAACCCUGAUGAAAGUUGUUGGGAUGCUUACAUUUAUUUUGAAUCAAGAUAUGAAGAAAUCGAUAAUGUACGAAAUAUAUUUCAAAAAUAUAUUAAUUCAUUUAAUCGAGGGAAAAUUUGGCUUAGAUGGAUUGAUUAUGAGUUAGCAAAUAAUGAAAAUGACAAACUCUUUAUUAGAGCAGUCUUUGAGUCCGCAGUUGACUCUUUGUUGGAGAAAUUGAAUGACUAUGAGAGUGAAGAGUUGUUUCCUCAAAUAAUAGCAAAGUGGUUGAAUUGGGAAGUAAAAUGUAUGGAAUUUGAUAGAGUCAAACAAAUUCGUUCGAUCUUACUAAGUGAUGAUAAAUUCCAGUUCUCGGCAAAGAUUAAAAGACUAAUAUAUGACUCAAUAAGUGAAAUUGAAGCAAUAGUUGGGGACAAAGAUUCCAUAGAAUCUAGUAUUAUAUUCAAAAGAAAAGCAAAGUAUGAACAAGAUGUUGAGGAAGAUCCAACUAAUUAUGAUUCAUGGUGGUCAUUAUUAUCAAUAAUUGUAGAGAGCAACGAUCUAAAUUUAAUACGGCAAACUUUUGAAAAAUCCGUACUGAAAGCUCCUUCAAUUGAUUCGAGUAAUAUUGAAAAAUGGAAAAAAUAUGUACUACUAGUUCAAAGAUUUGCAUUCUGGGAAGAAUUUGAUGAUAGAAAUAUUGAGUCAGCAAGACAAGUAUGGAAUAAUUCUUUAAAAAUUAUACCUCAUCAAGUCCCAACACUGGAGAAAAUUUGGAUUGGAUUAUUUGAAUUUGAAUUAAGAAAUGAUCCGACAAAUGGAUUGACUAAAGCUCGUAAAAUUCUAGGAAGAGCGUUAGGUCAAAUGAAUAAAUAUGGACCAGAUCAAAAUAUCAUAAAAUAUUAUAUUAAAUUUGAAGAAAAAUUGAAAGAAUGGGAUAGGAUGCGUUCAAUUUAUCAAAAAUGGUUAGAACUUUCUUUGAUAUUUGGAUUAAAUUGUAAUGGUAUUAUCAAAAGGUAUUUGAAAUUCGAAUCAUAUCUUGAAGAAACUGAUAGGUGUGAAUCAUUGAUCAAAAUGGUUUUAGAUCUUUGUAAAGAUGAAAGUUUAGCUCAAUCAUUCGAUCAAGAUGAGAUUUUCCAAUUAGCUAUUGAUUUCUUUACUGAUGAAAUGAAAUAUGAAGAGAUUAGAAAGCUUUAUAGAAAUUCAGUUAAAACAAAACCUACAGUUGACAAUUGGAUUAACUUUGCAUUAUUUGAAUCUUCAAUCCCUUCAUCAGAACAAUUGGAAGAGUUUUUAAAUGCAGAAAAUGAAGAGUUUGAAGUUGAAGUUGGUGAAGAACAAAUUAUGAAUACUAGGGAGAUUUUUAAAGAAGCUGAAAAGUAUUACAAGAAAUCAAAUGAUAAUGAAAGUAGGAAAUUUAUUGUUGAAGCUUGGAGAGAUUACGAAGAAGUAAAUGGUAAUUCAAUAAGCUUGGAAAAAAUAACUUCAAAAUUACUAAAAAAAGUUAAAAAGAGAAGAAAUGUUGAUGGUAUAGAAGAAGAAUAUUAUGAUUAUGAGUUCAAUAAUGAUGACGAAGAAGAAGAAGAAGAAGACGAAGAGGAUGAUGAAGAGGAAGAUCAACGUCCUGAGGUUGAAGUUGCAAAACCACCAGCAUCACUAAACAAAUUUUUAGCGAAUGCCAAAAAAUGGGCUGAAAGUCAAAAGUAA